AUGGUAGGUAAACGCAAGGCUACAAUUGAUGAUUGGGAUCGACACAGCACUUUUGAAUUACCCAUAUUCAUAGCAAAACAAGCAACAUAUGAAUUUACUACUCGAGCUCUUAAGCAUAUCUCAGGUGUGAAAAGAAAUAUUCUUGGCUAUAUUCUUCACCAUGUAUCUGAAUGUUUUGGAAUUGGAAUGCACGGCUCCUAUUCUUCGCAGCAUCAUGCUUUCUCACAUAAGUGA